UGCUCGUUCCGGAAGUUGACAGGCGCUAAAUGAAUCUGAUGACACCCUGAAAGUCACCGGUAAAACAAUAAGGCCGUAGUUUUAGUUUUUGAGACAGCCAAACAGGAACAUGUGUUAAACAUUCUAAAGUGUACAAAUGGCAAGGAGCCUUGGUCGAAUAUACAAGGGCUUUCAACGCCUCGGCUCACUCUCAUCUACACAGACUCAACUCAGACACCCGCCUACCACCGUCUCAGUCAGGGGGACCACCUUUGUACGGACCAUGGUGCAGGCGCUGCCAUCGCUCUUUUUCUCCAAGCCCCGGGACUUCAGCCUGCCUAACUCCUCAUGGGGCUCGGAAAUGAUGCGGUUGUACGAGCAUUAUAACAGUCAGUGUGAGGUGGAGACGGAGGAAGGAGAGAAACAGGAAGGGCCAUGGCGGAGACUGCCAAGCUACAAUCGCUUCCUCAAGUAUGCUACCGGUGGAGUGUAUCUUAGUAAGAUAAUCCAGUCAAAAGCUCGUCUUUUUACCCGGAACAUCAGAGACCCGGGGGCAGCAUUUGAGUAUGUUUUGUUUGUCAACAGUGAGGAGCAGAAGUGUAUGUGUAUUUUCCAGGCUGGACACCUUCUGGAAGGGCCACCAGGACAUGUCCAUGGGGGGGCAAUAGCCACUAUGAUUGAUACUGUGACAGGUACUCAUGCAACUAUACUCUCUGGACCCGUAAUGACUGCCAACCUUAACAUCAACUACCGCAGGCCCAUCCCACUUGGAAGCACAGUGUUGCUUGAAUCUUCUCUGGAUAAGAAGGAAGGCAGAAAAACGUUUAUUUCAUGUAAAGUGACCAGCAGCGAUGGCUCCAAACUGCACACAGAAACAACAGCACUGUUCCUGUCAAUCAAUUUCAGCCAACUACUACUGGGAGAGUGACACAAGCACUGUCAACAAGCUGAGGCUGCAAUAUAUAUAUGUGUGUGUGUGUGUGUGUGUGCGUGCGCGUGUGUUUGUAUGUAUAAUUGGUUUGCAGUAUUUUGUGAGGAGUGUGUACUUAUUUGCCAGCUGAUUUAAGAAAUAAAUAUGACAUUUUAUCAUAUCUUAACAUCCAUACUUUUCUGCUGGCCAACAUGUUAUAACUUAUUACCAACAAACUGUACAGUUUCAUGAAAUACCUUUACUUGAUUACCUCUGCUUAGUGUUACUAACACAUCAACAACAGUAUUUAUCUAAACAUAUUUUAUUGAGCUAAAUGUUAGGGUAUUAUUUAUUGUAACUUUUACAAUAUUAAUGGUUUUAUGUCACACUGGGGCCUUUGGAAGUGAGAUUGUUUCUCAAAAUGUACUGAUAAUGACUAUUUAGUUUCCUCCAAUAAAGCUUUACCUAUUGGUAAUAUAUGAAUUGAGCAAA